CCAGUAAUAAAUUAUAUGGUCAAGUGUCGAUUAAGUAGAGUGCAGAAAAAGUGUCUAUUUGAGGAAAAAAUGUCUUAUGCAGUGGAGCGAGGUAGACCAUGGAAAUCCCAACUAUACCUGGACGGUGUACUGGACUCAAUAAUUCAAAAUGGCGGCUCUAGGGCCAAGAGCAGAGAGGGGGUCAAUCUGGCCGAGGUUAUAUUUUACUGCAUGAAAAACAAUCCGGAUGGAAUGCAUACGAUAAAUGGAGCAACCGGUGAAAAAUUCACCAACGAUCAAAUCCUCAAGCGCGCUGUCUCUAUCGCUCGCGCCUUAAAAAGUGAUCGUACGACAGAGACGGUGAUUAUAAUGCUACGGAACUCUGAACACAUGUCUGCGUUGUUUUAUGCUUUAUUGUUUGCUGGCGUGGUCCCUUUUAUGAUGGAGCCGAACUCUACUGAAUAUGAAAUCCAGCAGUUCCUCCCUCUGGUAUCCCCCCACAUCAUCUUCUGCGAGCCUGAUCGUGUCGAUAUCGCCACAAAAGCGGUGGAAGAAACUGACAUCAGAGUCGUGGUUGCCGAUGGUUCAUCGUUAGACAAAUUCACGCUGGGGUGUAGUGACGACAUUGGCAGUUUUCAGCUACCAGAAGUGCGACCGGAUGCCACGGCCUUAAUUCAGCCCACCAGCGGCUCCACGGGUGUACCGAAAGCUGCCAUGCUAACUCAUGAAGGCAUUAUCAUGCAGAUGCCGAGCGUUUGGAUCCAUUACACCCAGUUCCCUCGCCCGACUAGUAUGGCGCUCCUCGUGUCUACAUGCCAGUGGCUGACUCACACCAUCAUCAUGACCGGCUUCCCCGUCUACCAGGUCCCGAUCCUGAUGACUCCGUUGAAAAUCUCUGCAGAGUACAUCGCAGAAUUGGCGGGGAAAUAUCGAGCAACAUGGACCAUAAUUGGACCUGCACUAGCCACUCCGCUAGGACACUUAGCCACAAGAGACCAGCUGUCUUCAAUCGACAGGUUUUGCGUCGGAGGCUCGACUUUUUCGCCGGAUAUGCUUGCUCCCUUACAGGAUAAGCUGCCAGCGCCAGGUUGUCUGCUUAACGGAUUCGGCAUGACGGAGGCACACGGGUUGGUAGCAGUAGGUCCACCGGGCACCCCACUCAACUCCGUAGGGCACAUCAGCAACAUCCUCAAUUUAAUCAACGAAAAAGGUGAAAUAGUCAAGGAGCCUAAUGAAAAAGGAGAAUUGUAUAUAAAGGGCAAAUGUCUCUUCAAGGGAUACUUAAACAACGAGGCAGCCUAUCGUGAGACCGUCUCUCCAGACGGCUGGCUGAAGACCGGAGACGUUUUCUACAGGGAUGAGCAGGAACGGCUCUUUUUCGUCAACAGAACUAAGCUCAGCUUUAAAUACUUAAACCACCAUGUUUAUCCAGAAGAAAUCGAGCGCGUCAUAGGCAGUAUACCAGGAGUCCAACAAUGUGUGGUGGUUGGCGCGGACGCUGGGCCUGCCGCUGCCGUGGUUCUACAAGAAGGGUGCGGCGUUACAAGAGAGGAUAUACAACAAGCAGUCAAAUCUACUCUAAGCGACUACAAGCAUCUGCGUGGGGGCAUCGUGAUCGUGACGUCACUCCCCACCACCCACACUGGCAAAGUCCACCGCGCCAGCUGCCUCCAGCUGAUCCAAGAACUCGUCGGCAGGGAGGAAUGCUUCUAGACUUCCAGAAGACGAGACU